AUGUCCUCCGUAAGAUCACUUUUUUGGCCUGAGCCGGCUGAGGAGGAGCCUCGGAGCUUUGGGCUGCAACAGGUGCACCCCGACGAGAGGAAUACCGAAGCGACUGUCAGCAAGGAGAUUGAGUCCGUACAUAGUCCGCACCUCCAAGCUCCAGGUCUGUUCACUGACACAUCUCCUCCCGUCCUUCAGCAUUAUUGCCAUUCAUGGGUUGGAGGCAAGAUCUUCGAGGACAUGGAACGCCUGGAAGAAUCCCAAAACCCAAACUCGGGCAAUGUCAAUUGGCUGAAAGACGACACGAUGCUCCCGGCACUGAUACCCAGCGCACGCAUUCUCACGUACGAAUGGAACGCAAACUUUGUCGGGAGCGCCUCGGCGGACAUAUUCUCCGGGCACGCCGAGACACUCCCGCUGCGGAUCCAUGCCGAACGUUCUCGUCGGGGGCGAUCUAAGUAUCCCAUCAUCUUCGUAACGUCCGGCUUCGGCGGCCUUCUUCUAGCAAAGGCGCUUGUUUCCGAGGUCCACAGACGGAUCUAUGCCGACGGGUUCAAACCGGAGGUCCUACGAUAUACUGUGGGUGUCGCCUUUCUUGGCACACCAUUCAGGGGCUGCGAGAAAUUCGCCUCCACGGCGGCUGAGCUGCGCCUCCUUAUUGCCCAGCAGACAAGCGCCGAGACGGGAGUCUUGCACAGUAGCGACUUGGUCUCCUACCUGAAGGAAGGGUCCGCUGAUAACGCGAGCGGCCUGGAUGAGCUCGUCCAGGAGUUCAGCAAGCUGAUCCACGACCGGGCUUUCAAGUUCCCCAUCACCUGCUUCUUCGAAGGGAGACCCACAAACUUCGAGAAGAUGCUGGACAAGAUGUCCGAGGCUGAGAGAGAAUCUCUGCGAGCUAAAAUCGGCAGCCAACGGGUUAUGGUGUCUCGGUCCUCCUCCUGCCUGCCGGGGAUCGAUGUGUACGAACUGGACGCAUCGCACAGCAUGAUGCACAGGUAUAACAAGCCUACAUGUGAAAACUUCCUGACCGUUCCCUUCCACCUCGGGAGGUUCGCUGAGGAAGCUUCCAGGAUCCUUCAAGCCCGAAGUGCGCCCCCUAUCGACCCUGAGCUUGAGAAGCUACGAAACGGGCUCCUAAGUCAUCUAGCAGUUGCUCCAUACAGCGACUACAAGGCCCCCAAUAUCAACAGCAACAUAAAGGUCCUCCUCACAAGUCGCUCAUAUCAGCACAUCAAGCAAUCCUUCCAAUCUUUGAAGAGCAGUCUGCCUGAUACUCACCUGUGCGGGGAAAAAGAUGAAGAGCAAGAGCAAAUCUCGCAAGAGGUCGACCUCUUCAUCGAAGGGGAAGUCGGCCAUCUCGAUCUCAAACAACAAGCUCGCCUCAUCGUCCCCGAGCUCAGGGAUGCCAUCGGGACCUCUGAAGAGAUUCUCUUGGAGGUUAUCAGGACUCUCCCAAGGACCGCUCCUGACGUUUACGAGAAGAUACUGAGCAAGAGCCGAAACCCGGCGAUGACGAGGCGCAUUCUGCAAAUAGCCGUUGUGGCCUUCAGGCCGCUGACUAUCACCGAAUGA